UGCUCCAAGUUCACCUGCCUCACUUGGGAUUUGAAACACCAUGCCUCACAUGUGAAUGAGGCGCACAUUUGUUUGGCUGGAUGUACUCGUUGGACCCGUUUUUUUUUUUUUUUUUUUUUGAAUGUGGACACAAAGAGGGUACUUGAAGACGCCCAACUGUUUGGAAGCAGUGUGGUAUGCUUCUCAGAAGGAAGCGGCAAGGACAUUUAUUUUUUUUUCCUUUAUCACCCAGUGCUCAAUGUCAGGGCAUACAAUAGAUACCGCCGUGAUGAUUGUCCUGAUUCUACUCUUUUAUGCUACUUCUCAAGGUGCCGCUUUGGACCACACGGGCAUAGUUGGCUCAAGCAAAUCCCACCAAGAGGUUAAACUAGGACGCCAUAUGUGUUGGUGUGCAUAAGUGUGCAUGCAUGCAUGUGUGCCUGUGUUACCAACAAUAGAUUCCAAGGGAAUUGCAGGGGACUUCAGUGGCUGUGGGCUGGUCCAAGACACCACCCAUCAAUUUGGCGACAGGAAGACAGACGGACGGCAGGACGGAUACACGGGUGGGGGCUGUGCUAGGCGGCUCGGCGGCAGGCUGGUGGAAGAUGUCGUCCGGAGCCGGCGGGAGGGGAGGAAGGCGGCUCAGGGGGACGGUGGGCGGCGGAGGUCGAGGAGUUGCCGGAGAGGCCGAAGAAGGCCCCGUGGGGAUCCCCUUCCCCGAGCACAGCGCCGACAUCCUGGGUAGCCUCAACAAGCAGCGGCAGAGCGGACUGCUCUGCGACGUUCUGCUGAUCACCCAGGAUCGGGAGUUUCCAGCGCACCGCUCCGUCCUGGCGUCCUGCAGCUCCUACUUCCACAAGCUGUUCACGUCGGGAGCGGCUGCCGACCAACGCAACGUCUACAACAUCGAUUUUGUGGCGGCGGAGCCGCUCGGAGCACUGCUGGACUUUGCCUACACGGCCACACUGACCGUCAGCCACAGCAGCGUGGCUGACAUUCUCGCAGCCGCACGCCUCCUGGAAAUCCCACCCGUUCAGGACGUCUGUACACACUUACUGGACACCAAAGUGCUCUCCCCGCCGGCGGGCAGUGAGCAGCGAAACGAAGAUGAGGAGAGAAGCAGAGGAGGGAGCGAGCAGGGCAACCAGGUGCUGGCCCGGGAGUUUUUGGAGUUUUUCCAGCGAGGGGCGCACUGGGCCAGCAGCUGCAGCACGCCAGAGCUCAGGGACCUGCCGACGCACCUGCACUUUAACCACGGCAACGGAGGGACCCCCAGCAACGGCGCGCCCGGUGGCCCCGGUGAGUACUACUCCCCCCUGGCCCUGGCUUUGGCCCAGGCCCCCAUCCAUGAGCCAGAAGAGGACGAAGAUGAGGAAGAGGAUGACGAGGAUGGGGAAGCGGUGCAGGGAAACGGAAUAAGCCUCGGGUCAUUUUACUGCCCUCCCUCCCAGAACGGGCACUUCUACCUCCCCCCCGAGGCUCGGACAGGGCACGACACGCCGGAGACGGAGGACGCCGCCCUGCAGAUGAUGGCUCGGGAAAGGGGCUCGGCUAGUGCCCUCUUGCAGCAGAUGAUGGACUCCAUUGAGAGGCAGAAGCAGCGCGGGGCGGCCGGGGAGGAUCCGGGCGACGGCGAUGACCCGGACAUGGAAUUUUACUACAAUUACUUUAACAGCACUCAGCUUGAGGACACGCCUUCUGCCGCCGUGACGGCGGGCGUUCCGCCGCUGUGGUUGUCACGGAGCAACGCCGGCCACGACAGAGUGGGCGGAGGGGAGAGGGGGGUCGGCGAGAGGGGCGGCGGCGGAGGCGGCGGGGAGAGGAAGAUGCGCUCAAAGGCCUUUCAGAAGUGCCCCAUAUGCUCCAAGGUCAUUCAAGGAGCGGGCAAGCUACCCCGCCACAUUCGAACACACACGGGGGAGAAACCCUAUGAGUGCGCCAUCUGCAAAGUGCGCUUUACCAGGCAGGACAAGCUCAAGGUUCACAUGCGGAAGCAUACGGGAGAGAAGCCUUACCUUUGUACGCAAUGCGGGGCCGCCUUCGCUCACAACUACGACCUGAAGAACCACAUGCGCGUUCACACUGGCCUGCGCCCCUACCAGUGCUCCAGCUGCUUUAAGACUUUUGUACGCUCAGACCACCUGCACCGCCACCUCAAGAAAGACGGCUGCAACGGCAUCCCGUCCCGCCGGGGCCGAAAGCCUCGGGUGCGAGAGCCGGGGCUCCUGGAUGCCCCGAUAGGCCUGCUGAGCCCCGGCUCAGACACCGGCCUGGAGCCUCACAUCAUCAAGGGCCGGCAACUCUCGGAAGCUCUCAAGUCUGAGGUGGAGGGGACCCACGCACACAGCCCGCACCUAGUAGUGGGGGCUGGACCCUGAGACAAACUCUUAAAAAAUUGACGGACGCCGUCACGUAACUCUGCUCCGACCUGUCUACACAGAGGAGGAAAAAUACAGACUUCAAAGAAAAUAUAUAGAUAUUACAAAAAUAAACUAAAUAUGGCUCUAUAAACCAAAUCAGGGUGUCACAAAAAUUUUAAUCUGAACAUUUCUUUCUCCUUUUACUUUGGGGAAACAAAGUAGACGUGAAAGCACUUGAGUCUGUUGAAAGAGCAAAGAACGCUUCGAAUCACACACCCGCAACGUCCACUUUCUGGGCCAUUUCUUUCUUAUCAUGAAUAAUAGGGGGUUUUAUACAUUGGCAAAAUGUAUAAAGGACACUAAGAAACUAUGCAGUUGAUUUUAGGUUUUUAUUAUCGGGUGAGCUCUGAGCAAAGGUGUCUGAGCUCCUUCCGGCUGCCGUACGGGUGAAGCGAGGACAAAUCUUUCCCAGAGAAAACAGCUUUUUUUUUUUAUUAUUAUUCUUUUGCAGGUCUAGAGAUGUACAGUUACCAUAGAAACAACCUUGCCAUAAUAUGGCAUAUGCAAGGAAAAACUCACCACACUUGUGAUGCAACAACUCGCUCGCUUGCUCUCUCUCUCUCGCUCUCCAAAUGUUCCAGAAAGAGUCAUAGACAAGGGUUUGAUUGAAGUGUUACUUACUCGAUAA